UACUCCCAAAUUCCAGUCUCCUUAAGGCUUCUGGGAAAUGAAACAGUAGCUCUUCGUCAUUCAAGAGUUGGGGAGCUCUGCCUCUAAGUACUAUAUAAAUGUCGUUGCUGUGUGCCUUCCAGUCGAUUCCAACUCAUAGCAAGUUGGAUUAUAUAAAUACUAUCAGAUAUGUCUGGGGGUUUGGAGGAUAGGUUGACUAAUUUAGCCCCAUUUUCUGUAGCUCCCUGUCAGUGUAGAAAUUUGGAAAAGGCAGUUUUUCACCUGGGGUCUCUUAUGCAGUUGCAGCUGAUGUUGUGUUGGUCUAUAGUCAUAUGAAGAUGGGACAGAGCUGAUUGACCAGGAUGGCUCUCUCACUGCCAGCAGUUGAUACUGGCUAUUGGUUGGAAGUCAGCUACACUGUCUGCUGGAGUGUCUACUGGAGUGUUUCAGGGCAGUCUGACCACUUGUAUGGCUCCUGGCUUCUCCUAGAGUGAGCAUCCCAGGUCAACCAGAAAACUACAGGGCCUUUUUUGAUCUAGCCUUGAAAGUCACAUAGUGUCACUUCCACAGGGUUACAAGCAAGUCACAAGCCUACCCAGAUGCAAGGGGAAAGGACAUAGGCCCCACCUUGUGAUGGAUGUAGUAUCACAGAAUGUAUGGACAUGUUUUAAAAGUGUUUAUACCUGUAACAGUGCCUGGUAAAAAAUGGAUGUCACCAUGUGUUUGUUGGAUGAACAAAUGCGUAUUCAAAGUCCCAGAGGGGAUUUGGGAGCCAAAAAGAAAAAGAAGAAACAAAAGAGAAAAAAGGAGAAACCCAAUUCCGGAGGCACCAAGUCAGAUUCUGCAUCUGAUUCCCAGGAGAUUAAAAUGCAGCAGCCUUCAAAAAACCCCACCAUUCCAAUGCAGAAGUUGCAGGAUAUCCAGAGAGCAAUGGAGCUGUUAUCCGCGUGCCAGGGCCCAGCCAGGAACAUUGAUGAGGCUGCAAAACACAGAUACCAGUUUUGGGACACGCAGCCGGUACCCAAACUAAAUGAAGUGAUAACAUCUCAUGGUGCGAUUGAGCCAGAUAAAGACAAUGUACGUCAAGAACCAUAUUCUUUGCCACAGGGUUUUAUGUGGGACACUUUAGAUUUGAGCAGCACUGAAGUGCUCAAGGAGUUGUACACAUUGUUAAAUGAGAAUUACGUAGAAGAUGAUGACAAUAUGUUCCGGUUCGACUAUUCGCCCGAGUUCCUGUUGUGGGCUCUGCGUCCCCCAGGCUGGCUCCCUCAGUGGCACUGUGGAGUCAGAGUAUCUUCAAAUAAAAAACUCGUAGGGUUCAUAAGUGCUAUCCCUGCAAACAUUCGGAUUUAUGACAGUGUGAAGAAGAUGGUAGAAAUCAACUUUCUUUGCGUUCACAAGAAAUUGAGAUCAAAACGGGUAGCCCCAGUGUUAAUUCGAGAAAUAACCAGAAGAGUGAACCUGGAAGGGAUUUUUCAGGCUGUUUAUACCGCUGGGGUUGUGCUUCCCAAGCCAGUGGCCACGUGCAGAUACUGGCAUCGAUCACUAAACCCCAGAAAACUGGUAGAAGUGAAAUUUUCUCACUUGAGUCGAAAUAUGACUUUACAGAGAACAAUGAAGCUGUACAGACUUCCAGAUGUUACAAAGACUGCAGGUUUGAGACCGAUGGAACCAAAAGAUACCAGAGCAGUUCGAGAAUUAAUCAACAGUUACCUGAAGCAGUUUCAUCUAGCACCGGUGAUGGAUGAAGAGGAAGUAGCCCACUGGUUCCUCCCCCAGGAGCACAUUGUUGAUACGUUUGUAGUGGAGAGCUCAAGUGGUAAAUUAACUGACUUCCUCAGCUUCUACACACUCCCUUCAACAGUCAUGCAUCACCCUGUCCACAAGAGCCUCAAAGCUGCUUACUCCUUCUACAACAUUCACACAGAAACGCCUCUCUUAGACCUCAUGAAUGACGCGCUCAUUAUAGCAAAGUUGAAAGGAUUUGAUGUAUUCAAUGCACUAGAUUUAAUGGAAAAUAAGACAUUCUUGGAAAAACUCAAGUUUGGUAUAGGAGAUGGCAAUUUGCAGUAUUACCUGUACAAUUGGAGGUGUCCAGGAACAGAUUCUGAAAAGGUUGGACUUGUAUUACAGUAGGUGGAUAUUUUUAUUUCUAGAACUCUUGACAUCAUCAUUUGUUAAUAUUCUAUUUAAUGACUCCUGGAACUGCCAUUCCAAAGAAUAAAAGCACAACUUAAGUGAAAUUGAAGCAGUUGAUAACAAUCAGAAAAGAUGAAAAAACAUCCAUAUGUGACCAAUACUAUACAUUUCUAGCUAGAACGUAAAACUUCAUCAUUUUUGCACUGUUUACCCAUUUGUGGGAGGGA